AUGGAUAGAAAGUCCUUUCACAUUUUAGCUUCUUUAGCCACGAAUAUUGGAGGAUUGACAGACACUAACAAUAUGUCAAGCACUGAAAAGCUAGCAAUGUUCUUAAAUAUUUUGGCUCAUCACGAGAAGAACAGGUCUAUCAAAGUUGAUUAUAUUAGAUCGGGGUGGAGUGUAAGUCAAGCCUUUAAUGAAUGUCUAAGAGAAAGUCUCAAACUAACUCGAUUAUUACUUGUUAGUCCUAAUACAGUGGCCGAAGAUGAGACUGAUGAUCGAUGGAAAUGGUUUAAGGGUUGUCUAGGUGCAUUGGAUGGUACUUACAUUCCCAUUAGAGUUCGAACUAUAGAUAAGCCAAGAUACAGGACACGGAAAGGAGAUAUAGCAACUAAUGUCUUGGGGGUUUGUGAUAGAAAUCUUAACUUUACUUAUGUCUUACCUGGUUGGGAGGGAUCAGCCGCUGAUGGUCGUGUAUUGCGAGAUGCUGUUGUACGAAGGAAUGGUUUGAAAGUACCCGAAGGCAAUUAUUAUUUAUGUGACGGAGGAUAUACAAAUGGAAAUGGUUUUCUGUCCCCUUAUCGAGGAUAUAGAUACUGGCUAAGGGAUUGGCAAGGUGACAAUCCACCACCUCAAUGCCGAGAAGAGCUGUUUAAUAUGAAGCAUGCUAGGGCGCGCAAUGUUAUUGAAAGGGCAUUUGGUGUAUUGAAAGGACGUUGGGGAAUUCUUAGAAGUCCUUCGUGGUACUCGGUUAAGAUUCAUACUAGAAUCAUUAGUGCAUGCUGUUUUUUACACAAUUUCAUUCGAAGAGAGAAGGAAGUUGAUCCGUUAGACAUGGAAACAAAAUUCAACAUGGAGGAUCAACAUGAACCUGAACAUGGAAAUAUUGAUACCGUUGAACCAUCCGAUGAGUGUAACAGUUGGAGGGAUGAGCUAGCUCAGUCUAUGUGGAAUGAAAGAUCUAGCAAUUAG